AUGAACGUGAUACAUAUCAGUUGCCACAAUAACACAUGUGGCCAUUCACCGGAUAACCCUGUGAUACGCGAAACUACCGGUGGUCAGAUCGGUCAGGAUGUUGUUUCUCUUCAGUCAUUUAACGGUAAAAAACCCGACAGGCCCGUUUCGGUUCCUGAUUUUCCUUUUGUUUGCAGUUCGACGUCCCUGUUGGAGAAUUUUGCUGAUGGAGUUACAGGAUUGGCUGGGUUGGGAAAUAGUAACAUUUCUCUUCCUGCUCAAUUCUCGGGUGAUUUCGCCUUCGCGAAGAAAUUCUCCGUUUGCUUGAGUAAUUCUACGAAACCCGACGGUGCAGUAUUUUUCGGCAUUGACCCAUCUCUUCCGAAUAAUGUUCUUACUUAUACCCCACUUCUCAAAAACCCAGUAAGCACGGCCGGGUCUUCUUUCCUGGGCGAAGCAUCGGUGGAGUACUUUAUCGGAGUAGAGUCCAUCAAAAUCGCGGGAAAAGAAGUCAAAUUCAACAAAACUCUACUGUCAAUCGAUAGCGAAGGCAACGGAGGAACCAAAAUCAGCACCGUGAAUCCUUAUAUGGUAUUGCAGAGUUCUAUUUAUAAAGCUGUUGUGAAUGUUUUUGCCAAGGAGAUGGAUAAGAAAUUUAUCCCUCGCGUAGAACCACCACCUUUAGGGCCAUUUGAAGCCUGCUUUAAUUCCAUUGUGAUUGAUAACAACGGAUUCGGACCCGACGUGCCGGCGAUUGAUCUUGUGUUGGGUGCUGCAAAUUGGAGGAUUUGGGGAGGAAAUUCUAUGGUGAAAAUGAAUAAAUGGGUUAUGUGUUUGGGCGUGAUUGAUGGUGGAGAAAGAGCAACUACCUCCGUCGUCAUCGGCGGCCAUCAAAUAGAGGAUAAUUUUUUACAGUUUGAUCUUGCUUCUUCAACACUUGGAUUCAGCUCUUCUCUUCUUGGCAAAAACACAACCUGCUCCAAGAUCAAUGCUUCACUCUAAAUGUUUUCUUUAUAUAAAUAUAAUCGUGCAUUUACGUGUAUAAUCGAACUGUAAUUUAUAUCGAAUUUAUCCGUCAUUGAAUAAAAUUAGUGAGGCGAUUAAUGUAAA